CCCCGCCCCGGGCUGCCUCCCGCGCUCCCGCGCUCCCGCCGCCGGGACCCUCGGCGUCCGAGGAGCCGGCAGCUCCCGACCCCGCGAAGAUGGCGAGGAGGAGCCGCCACCGCCUCCUCCUGUUGCUGCUGCGCUACCUGGUGGUCGCCGUGGACUAUCAUAAGGCCUAUGGAUUCUCUGCCUCGAAAGAUCAUCAAGUAGUUACAGCAAUAGAGUAUCAAGAGGUUAUUUUAGCCUGUAAAUACCCAAAGAAGACCAUUUCCUCCAGAUUGGAGUGGAAGAAACUGGGGCGCAGUGUCUCCUUUGUCUACUAUCAACAGGCUCUUCAAGGAGAUUUUAAAGAUCGAGCUGAGAUGAUAGAUUUCAGCAUACGGAUCAAAAAUGUUACGAGAAAUGAUGCCGGGAAAUAUCGUUGUGAAGUUAGUGCCCCAUCUGAACAAGGUCAAAACCUGGAAGAGGAUACACUCACUCUAGAAGUAUUAGUGGCUCCGGCAGUUCCAUCAUGUGAAGUACCCAGUUCUGCACUGCGUGGAACUGUGGUGGAGUUGCGAUGUCAAGACAAAGAAGGCAACCCGGCUCCUGAAUACACGUGGUUUAAGGAUGGCAUCCGUUUGCUAGAGAAUCCAAAACUUGGCUCCCCAAGUGCCAACAGCUCAUACACAAUGAAUACAAAAUCUGGAACUCUGCAAUUUAAUACUGUUUCAAAACUGGACAGUGGAGAAUAUUUCUGCGAAGCCCGUAAUUCUGUUGGACAUCGCAGGUGUCCUGGGAAACGAAUGCAAGUAGAUGAUCUCAACAUAAGUGGCAUCAUAGUAGCUGUAGUAGUUGUGGCCUUAGUGAUUUCUGUCUGUGGCCUUGGGGUGUGCUAUGCUCAGAGGAGAGGCUACUUUUCAAAAGAAACCUCCUUCCAGAAGAGUAGUUCUGCAUCUAAAGCCAUUGCAAUGAGUGAAAAUGAUUUCAAGCACACAAAAUCCUUUAUAAUUUAAAAGAAUUCCACCUUUGCGAUGCACCAAAACCACAGUUGUUG